GUACGUUCACACGCGUGCAGUUGGCGCGCAACGGUGGAAACUCUCGAAUGGUUGGCAUCAUUAUCUAGUGCACACACAAGUGAAGAAAGACCGGUGCCUAUCGCUGUAUUUCUCGGUGUUGUUUUUCUUUAUAUUCCUCGAUAUCUUUUUUUCGUUGCUGUUGCAUUUCUACUUCACUGCGCGGCAAGAGCGCUUCCAUUCCUUCUGCCCCCUUUUUAUUAGUAUCGCGCUCGCCCUUUCGUUGAAACACGAUGAUUGGUGCUACCAAAGCGCGGGGAAACCUCUCCAUUUACCCCCAUGCGGAGGAGGUGGAGCUGCGCGACGGGGAAAAGAUGGCCGCCAUCUUCUCGACCACGGGCCGCCGCAAUGAAGCGCUCGAGGAUGCGGAAGAUGAGAUAGCAAACGAUGCGGAGCAGCAGCUCCCCACGGUGGCCAGUCCGCUGCGUCGAGGCGGUGCCGGCCUCGCUACUUCUCAACAGCCCAAUGGAGCGCAGCGAGCAUCGAAUGGCAGCGUGCAGGACGGCACUACCCACGCCACACAACGCACAGUGCGCUAUCACUGCUACGACAUGUAUGGUUUUCGCGUGACCGCCGAGGAGAAGGCGGCGGAGGACUUCGCCAGGCACCAUUUCGAGCACAGCGAGAGCGACCUGGAGAGCUGGGAGUACAUCGUCACCCACUGGAAGUCGGCCAAGGUUGCUGAACUCAAACGACUGUGCCGCCGUGGCAUUCCGCAGCCGCGGCGGCUGGUGGUGUGGCAGCGACUGUUACGGUCCUGGGGAUGGAAGCAGCGUUACCUAGGUCUAUACGCUCGUCUGCGGAGCCAAGAGAUGGCGUCGAAGGAGCUUGCCGGUGUGAUUGAGCGCGAUCUCGACCGCACGUUUCCUACGCACCGCCUCUUUGCGGAUGGCGUGAACGGGCGGGGGCAGCAGAUGCUGCGGAACAUUUUGCGGGCCUAUGCGAAUCACAACCCGAAGGUGGGCUACUGUCAGGGAAUGGGCUUCCUCGCAGCGACGCUGAUCCUUCAAAUUGAGGAGGAGGAGGACGCUUUUUGGGCUUUUGUCGGGUUAAUGGAGGGCAAGAAGUACAGGAUGGCGGCCGUUUUCUCGCCUGGAUUCCCAGAGCUGCAGAGCGCUUUCGCUGUUUUCGAGGGCCUCAUGAAGAGGAAGAUGCCGUCCUUGUACAAGCAUCUGCAUGACAAAUACCAAAUACAUCCAUCCUUCUACUCCACCCAUUGGUUCAUGACGGUGUUCACCUACUACUUCAACUUCGGACUCAUCUCGCGCAUUUGGGACAUGUUCCUGUGUGAGGGGUGGAAGCCGGUGUACCGCAUUGCACUGGCGCUGGUACAUAUUGAGGAACGAAACCUGCUCCGGCUGCGCACCGAGACGGAGCUGCUGCUUGCGUUGAAGGUGAUACAGGAGGCGAAGCGGCCGGAGCAGCUGCUCAAGGUGGCGCUAGGCAUUAAAUUCAAGACAUCCGUAAUGAACAGGUUGGCUGCGGAGUACCAACAGCAAACAAAGCCGAAGUAG